GGGAGUGUCGCUGUUCAGUCAACAGAUGGAUAGAAGUGAAGUGUUUAGCACUGCGCUGCCCGAAGGCUAGCCUGCCAGUCACUGCAACAGUAAAACAUUCUUUAUAGACAGAUAGAUGGCGGUACAGCUUGUUGGACUCUGUGCCUACACAUUCUAGCAUUGAUCCUCAACUGGAAAACUACUUUGAGAUUAAAUAUUUAACUCAACGAAACAAACGCUGCCUGCCUGUCUGCCUCGGCUGUGCAGCAGUGAAAGGGUUAACAGCGCAAUGUCAUUCUGGCUUCGGGUGUCAGGGCCAGGAGGAGAGAGGGGGAGGGGGAGAACACUUCUACCAACUCAGAAACAGCCAGCAGACACAUGAAACUGAAGAGAAGGAAGGAGAGACGGUGUUCCUGUGAAAACACAGAACGCUGUGUGGAACAGCAAUAUUUGGGAUGCCGGAGCGUGUGAGGUAUUUCAAAGGUCAGAACUAUCACAAGCUGAAGCGCAGCUGCCUGAAUCGAGGGGUGCAGUUUGAGGACCCCCUGUUCCCCCCAUGUGCGGAGUCACUGUUCUACAAGAGAGCGCCCCCUGCAGACCUGCAGUGGAAGAGACCCCAGGAGCUCUGCAGGGCCCCACGCCUCUUUGUGGAUGGAAUCAGCGCCCGUGACCUACACCAGGGCAGUCUGGGAAACUGCUGGCUGGUGGCGGCUACUUCCUGUCUUGCCACAGAGCCAUCUUUCUGGAAGAAGGUGAUCCCGUCUCACCGUGAGCAGGACUGGAAUCCGAAGCGUCCGGAGCGCCACGCCGGGAUCUUUCACUUCCGGUUCUGGCGCUUGGGCUUCUGGACGGACGUGGUGAUCGAUGACCGGCUCCCCAUCAGCGAGGGGGGCCGGCUGCUGUUCUGCAGCUCCAGUAACAAGGCUGAGUUCUGGUGUGCACUGCUGGAGAAAGCAUACGCCAAGUUGAAUGGAUGCUACGAGGCUCUUGAAGGUGGAAACACCGCUGAGGCACUGGUUGAUUUCACAGGAGGGAUCUCAGAACCAAUCUGUUUGGACCGGGAUGGUUUCGUAGAGGACCUGGACAAGAGGAAGCAGCUCUACCAGAACCUGACCAAGGCCCACUCCAGAGGAGCGCUCAUCAGCUGCUCCAUUCGGCCCAUGCUGGGGGAGGCUUUGGAGUCUCGCCUGGGCUGUGGUCUGGUGAAAGGCCAUGCCUACGGAGUGACGGACAUCAGGAAGGUGCGCCUGGGGACCGACCUGCUCUCCCUCUUCAGAACCAGCCGGCUCUACAUGAUCCGCAUGAGGAACCCCUGGGGUACUACUGAGUGGAGCGGGGCCUGGAGCAACGAAUCUCAGCAGUGGCAGCAGGUCAGUAAGAAUGAGAGAGAGAAGAUGGGAGUCACAGUCCGAGAUGAUGGCGAGUUCUGGAUGGACUUUGAGGAUUUCUGCCGCUAUUUCACAGACAUGGUCGUGUGCCGGAGAAUCAAUACAACGCUGCUGAGCUUCCACAAGAGCUGGCUGGAGGCAAAGCUGCUCGGAGAGUGGAGGAGAGGAGCGACAGAGUUGAGCAACCGCAGCGGGGGCUGCAUCAACAACAAAGCCAGCUUCCUGCAGAACCCACAGUUCAUGUUUGACGUGCAGCGCGAGUCGGACACGGCUCUGAUCUGUCUGCAGCAGGAGGACAAGCGAGCGCUAAGGAGAGAGGGAGGAGGAGAGAAUCUGACCAUCGGCUUCGAGGUGUUCCGGGUGGAGGUGAAUCGCGAGUGUCGGCUGCACGUGAUCCCCCCCAAGGCAGCGAGCUCGGUGUACGUGGACUCCCGCAGCGUGUUCCUGCGUGCAGAGUUCACUCAGGGCCGCUACGUCAUUGUACCAACCACCUUCGCACCCGGGGCCCAGGCCAGCUUUCUGCUGCGGCUCUUUACUGAGACACCAGCCAGCUUUAGGGAGCUGGCUCUGGACCAGCCCCACCCCUCUCUCUGGAGCUGCUGUGUGGGGGGGGAUCUACGUCGAGUCACAACCAUCACCCUGCAGAGUGCAGUGGGGCUGAGUCCCCAGGGGGCUGCUACAGACCCUGAUGUGUACGCUGUGAUAAGGUGUGAGGGGAACAUGGUAAAGUCACGCGUGUUCAAAUCCACCAGCAGGCCGGAAUUCGACCUGAAGGCUGUGUUCUACCGGCGGAACCCGAGGAGACCAAUCAGGAUUGAGGUGUGGUUGAAGGGAGUGCUCCGGGAUGCGAUCCUCGGCCAGGUUUCUGUCCCAGCUGCUGAGAAUGAAACAGGGAGGAGCCACGUGAUGAGUUUACAGGACAAGACAAAACGCAGGACCACUGGCUCAGUCCUCAUUGAAACCUCCUCUAGUGACAAUCUGAUUGAGCUCUGAGUGCCACCUGCUUGCCAUGGAACACACUGCAACACAGGAUGUACGAUCACUGAAACCUCUAGUGACAAUCUAUCAACUGGCCAAGACACCACAAUGCUGUGACAGGGCUCUCUGUACACAACGUGAUGAGAGUGCUGGACCCUGACUGUAACGUCCUGCUGUGACAGGGCUCUCUGUGCUCAAUUACUGGUUAUUUUAUUAGAAAGAUAAAUGCUAGACUUGGAUGAACAAUACCAGUAAGUGAUUACACCUUGUAACAAUUUUUUUUUUUUUUUUUUUUU